GUAGCACUCCUUGCCCUGAUCAUACCAGUAGCUGGUACACACAUUCAUACCUACAUACAUCCAUUCGUCAUCAGCAUCCGCUCACCAGCUUGUGAGGGGAAGACGAAGCUGGGAAGAAGGUCGUGUUUGAGCACACGAAGCUGGGGAGCAGAGCUCGGCGCUAGCUAGCUUGCCGGUGCAAGAUGAGGAGCCGUGGCUUUGCUCUGAGCCAUGCCGCGGUGUUUCUCGCGUGGUGGAUGGUGCAUUGCGGCGGCGGGCUUGUCGCCGCCGUGCCUCCUGAUGGUUGGUACGAUUACACUGCCCACACGGACUGCAGAGGUCACCCGGAGCCGGCGCAGUACAACGGCGGGAUUCUGAAGUACGGUAACGGCGAGGACCCGAACGGGUACAAGACGACGGAGACCGGCGUCCUGUCCCCGGCGUUUGUGGUCUACAACCUCAACAAGUCCACAAUGUACACCUUCUCGGGUUGGGUGAAGCUGGAGGGCUCUUCCUCGGCUCUGAUCACCGCGAGGCUGGCCCCGGACAACUCCGGCACACGGUGCAUCGGCACGGUCCUCGCCAGGAGCGACUGCUGGGCGUUCCUAAAGGGUGGCUUCGUCCUCGACUGGCCAACUCAGACCUCCGUCAUCUUCUUUCAGAAUGCUGAUAGGACCCCCAUGAAGAUCACCAUUGCGAGCGGCUCGCUCCAGCCGUUCACGACGGAUCAAUGGUCGAUGCACCAGAAAGAUACGAUCCGGAAGAGGAGGAAGAGGAUGGCCACCAUACACGUCGCCGACCCGCACGGCACCCGCGUGGUGGGCGCGUCGGUGUCCGUGCAGCAGACCGCCAAGGACUUCCCGUUGGGGUCGGCGAUCGCCUCCACCAUCCUGGGAAACGACGCGUACCAGAAAUGGUUCGUGGAGCGGUUCAACGCGGCGGUGUUCGAGGACGAGCUCAAGUGGUACUCGACGGAGCCGGCGUCGGGGCUGCUCCGGUUCGACGUGCCGGACCAGAUGCUGGCGUUCGUGCGGUCGCACCGGGUGAUGGUGCGCGGGCACAACAUCUUCUGGGAGAACCAGGACGCGACGCCCCGUUGGGUGAAGGGCCUGUCGCCGGAGGACCUCCGGUCGGCCGUGAACACGCGCAUCCAGAGCCUCAUGACCCGGUACCGCGGCGAGUUCGCGCACUGGGACGUGAACAACGAGAUGCUGCACUUCAACUUCUACGAGCAGCGGCUGGGCCCCAACGCGACCAUGGACUUCUUCAGCGUGGCGCAGGACGCCGACCCGCUCGCCACGCUCUUCAUGAACGAGUACAACGUCGUCGAGACCUGCGACGACGCCUCCUCCACCGUCGACGCGUACGUGGCCCGGCUCAAGGACCUCCGGGCCGGCGGCGCCGUGCUGGAGGGGAUCGGCCUCGAGGGACACUUCUCCAAGCCCAACAUCCCCUACAUGAGGGCCGUGCUCGACAAGCUGGCCACGCUCAACCUGCCCAUCUGGUUCACCGAGAUCGACAUCAACAACAAGUUCGACGCGCAGACGCAGGCCGUGUACCUGGAGCAGGUGCUGCGGGAGGCGUACGCGCACCCGGCGGUCAGCGGCGUCAUGCUCUGGACGGCGCUGCACGAGAGCGGGUGCUACCAGAUGUGCCUCACGGACUGGAACCUCAAGAACCUGCCCGUCGGGGACGUCGUCGACCGCCUGCUGCAGGAGUGGCAGACGGGGCAGGUCGCCGGCCCGACGGACGCGCACGGCGCCUACAGCUUCAGCGGCUACCUCGGCGAGUACGUCGUCACCGUCAACGCCGGCAACACCUCCAAGCAGGCCACCUUCUCGCUGUCUCCAGGGGACGAGACCAGGCACAUCACCAUUCAGAUAUGACACUAGUACUAGUGUUCCGAUCCAUAUGUGUGGCACGCUGUUGCUGCCCGCACUUGUUGCCUCGGGCUUCUACCUCCGCUGACACAUAUCGUCGCAUGUGCGAUGCGUGGUGUUACUAAAUUAUAUACUCCUACUACUAGUGUAGCGAUUGUUACGCGUAAUUACAGUAAUGUCCAUUCGAGCAAACGAUUAUGUCUAAGAAAAAAAACGAGCAAUUGAUUAUGA